AUAGGCCGAGGAUUAGAUCUCACAUACCAGCUGGUGUCAAAAACCUGUCCCUUGAUGAUCUCUCGGAAGCACUGUGUUUUCCAGCAAAAUGCAGAAGGGCAGUGGACUGUCAAGGAUAACAAGAGUCUAAAUGGAGUCUGGCUUAACAAACAACGUCUGGAUCCCUCAAGAGCCUAUCCUAUUGCUGAAGGAGACCGUAUCCAGUUGGGAGUGCCUUUGGAAAACAAAGAGAGUGCUGAAUAUGAGUAUGAAGUAAUUAAAGAUGAAUGGGAGAAAAUCAGACCCUUUUUAGCCCAGAGGAACGACCUGGGGAAAGCUAAGAGUUCAAGAACUAAGCGUAAAUUUAGUUUGGAGGAAUUGGAGACAUCUGGAUCAGAAGGCCCCUCAAACUCCAGAUCCAAGAGAGACAGAAUAUCCUUUGACAGUGAACCUUUGGGUAAAUCAUGGGGAAAGGUAGAAGAGGCCACACAGUUCACAGAGAAGAUGGAUGUCAAGCUGCCUCCUCCUGGACCAAGUGAGGAGGAUAGGGGUCCAGUAUGUAGGAGCCCUGUGCAUGCUCAGAAAGUCGUGUCUGUCCUGCAUAAGGACCAGAAGGGCUCUGGUCUUGCAGAGUCAUGGACUGGCUUGGAAAAGCUGAGGAAAACUCUAGUAGAUAUAACAGAGUUAAAGGUCAAAGUGCAGGAGAAGCAGGCGGCAGUUCUGAAUGUGAAGCAGAAGCGCAGGAAGUGUGCCCAGAAGGAUAUCCUGGCAAUGGAGCAAGAGCUGCGGGAGUUGCAAGACCAGCUGUGCAUGGAGCAAGAGCACCACCAGCGACAGGUGGAAGAGCUGAAGAGGACAUUCUGUAAAGAGCAGCAGAACCUAGAGGGAGUAAAGGGGCAACAUGGAGAAGAAAAUCUGAAGGAGCAGCUGGCCCAGGUCCUGCAAGAGCAUCAUGCUUUGAUGGAGGAACUGAGCCGUAGUAAAAAAGAUUUUGAGGAGAUAAUCCAAGCCAAAAAUAAAGAACUGGAAGAAACCAAGGAGGAGAAGGAAAAGGUGAGAGCACAAAAAGAAGAGGUGUUGAAUCAGAUGAACGAUGUUUUGGAGAAUGAGUUGCAGUGCACAAUCUGUUCUGAGCACUUUAUUGAGGCGGUCACUCUGAACUGUGCGCACAGCUUCUGCUCCUACUGUAUUAAUGAGUGGACGAAACGUAAAGUGGAGUGCCCCAUCUGCAGGCAGGAGAUCAAAUCAAAGACACGCUCUCUGGUGCUGGAUAACUGCAUUGACAGGAUGGUAGAAAAACUGGAUGUGGAAAUGAAAGAGCAUCGCCUGACCCUUAUCAGAGAGCGGAAAGAGAAACAGAAGGUGUUGGUGAAACCAGCCACAGACAAUGACAGCAGUGUCAUUUCUUCCAUCUACUCCAUCUUGUUGAUGAACAGCUGUGACCAUGAGGACUCUGAGGAGGAUUCUUACUAUAAUGAAAGCUCCUACAUUAUCUAAACACUCUUACUGCAGACUCAUUUGCCUGUGUGCUGCCCAGAAUCAACGUAAUGGUGUUUGACUGACUACUGGUUGAGUGGACUAGAUAUCUGGAAGGAGAGACUCUGUGAAGAGGCUGAAGCUG